CAGGAAAGUACGGCGACACAAUCAUGGCAGACGUUGAAUCUCCUACCGAGCGGAAACCCCGCAAGUCGGUCGCUUUCAGCGAAGGUGCCACCAUCGUCGACCCCAACGGCAACGUGACCGAGUCCAGCGAGAUGAACGGAGGCAAGGCCAGCGCCGAGUCGCAUACGGCCGGCGACAAGGAGGUCGACGAAGUCACCGAUAUGUUCAAGGAUUUGGCCAAGAAGAAAAAGAAGAAGAGCAGUAAACCCAAGGAGGGCGAGGAGGAGGCUCCUGCUGCCGAUGGCGAGUUUGACCCCUCGGCGCUGAAAAAGAAGAAGAAGAAGGUGAAGAAGGUCGAUGCGGAUGACUUCGAAGCCAAGCUUGCUGAGAUGGCGGGCGAGAAGGGCGAAGGGGAGAAGGAGACCCAGGAAGAAGAGGAGGUGGAUCAGGGCGACCCGAUUAAGGGCACUGGUAUCUGGGUGCACACUGAGACCAAGCCAAUCUCGUACAACUUGCUGCUCGACCGCUUCUUCACCCUUCUCCACUCCACUCACCCUGACCUCGCCUCCUCCGGAACCAAGUCAUACAAAAUUCCGCCACCGCAGUGUCUCCGUGAAGGCAACAAGAAGACCAUCUUCGCGAACAUUGCCGAAAUUGCCAAGAGGAUGAAGCGUUCGGACGAGCACGUCACGCAGUUCUUGUUCGCCGAAUUGGGUACCUCUGGCUCGGUUGACGGAUCCCGGCGCCUGGUCAUCAAGGGUCGCUUUCAGCAGAAGCAGAUUGAGAACGUCCUUCGUCGGUACAUCAUGGAAUACGUCACGUGCAAGACCUGCCGUUCUCCCGAUACGGACCUGAACAAAGGAGAAAACCGUUUGUACUUCGUCACUUGCAAUUCUUGCGGAUCCAGGCGUUCCGUCUCGGCCAUCAAGACUGGUUUCUCUGCACAGGUCGGCAAGAGAAGGAGGCAACAGGGUUAGGCGUUCGGUUUCAUGGUGUCACGGUCUGGGCUGCAUUUGGAGUUUGCCAGGCUGCAAACUGGAUUGUCUUCAGUAUAUCGGGCAAAUGUGGAAUGCCUGGUUGCCUCCCAUGGAUGGGAGAAAGUGUGAAUAGGGAAUAGCAUGGCUCAUGAGAUACGUUUCGGACAUUGGUAUGGCGCCAGUCUUUGC